AUGUUGAAAUUUUACACGGAUGAAACCCCCGAAGUGGUCCAACAUGCCCCGGGGCUGCAUCUUAUCACAUGCUCCACCCCUAAUGGCAAGAAGGUCCAGAUCUUUCUGGAGGAGUUGAAAGAUAUUUAUGGACUGGAGUGGACAACCUCUCUGAUAGAUAUCGACACUGAUGAACAGAAGGAGCCAUGGUUCCUAAAGCUUAACCCGAACGGUAGAAUCCCUGUUCUUGUUGACAAUAUAAGCAAGCCGCCGUUCCCCAUAUUCGAAUCAUCAGCAGAGCUACUGUAUCUCCUUGAUACGGUGGAUAAGGACCAUCACUUCGGCUUCUCUGAUCCCAAAGAACAGUCUCAAUUGAUUCAGUGGCUUAUCUUCUGGCAUGCCUCGGGUCAGCCUAGCCAAGGCCAACUUAAUCACUUUGGAAGAUUUGCUCCAAUACAGAUCCCUUAUGCGGUCGAGAAAUUCAAGGCCGAAACACUACGGGUCUACAAUGUGCUCGAGCUCCACCUUUCUGGAGGCCUAAACGGCCAACCUCGAGCAUAUCUAGCUGGAAAUGGGUUUGGCAAAUUCAGUGUUGCUGAUAUUAAUGCGUAUCCUUGGGUACGCGCAUGGAAAAGAAGUACUGUAUCAGAAAAGGAGAUGGCCCAAUAUACGCACUUGAAGGAAUGGAUAGAACGAAUUGGGUCUAGACCAGCUGUACAGAGGGGAGUGAGCGAUGUAUACGAUGAAGAAGUUCACCCUGAGUUACUUGUUAGUACUAUUCAUAAAUAG